AUGGCCGAAGAAAGCAAACUCAUAGACACAAAAGUGCCCCAAGAGGUACCGGCCUCGUCCGCCCCUGUCUCAGCCACCGACGACGCCUCCUCCGGCUCCGAAGACGAUGCCCCACCAUCCACCUCCACCGACCCCAACGCCGCCCCCAAAAAGAAAUCCAAGAACAAGCGCUCGAAGAAGGACCGCCUAAAGUCCGCCGUCGGCCUCGCCUCGAAGGAUGAUAAGCCGGGCGGGAGCAGCAGCGCUGCGGACCACAACCCCGUCAGCGCGCUCUCCAAGGCGCAGCUCAACGAACUGCUGCUCAUGAACCCCACGCUUGCCCGCGAGGUGGGGCUCAAGGAUGGGGAGGAGGCGACGGGGACGGCGAUUGAGGCGCUGAAGAAGUUGAGUCUGCAGGAUAUUAUGACGGGGUUGGCGGCCAGCGGGAAGAACGCUAAGGAUAUUGGGUCGUAUAAGUUCUGGCAGACGCAACCAGUACGGAAGUUUGGAGACACGGGCGAGAUUGAGGAGGGGCCGUUCAAGCUUAUUGAUUCGGAGAAGGUGCCCAAGGAGCCAGCUGCAAUGAUGGAGGGGUUUGAGUGGGUUACGAUGGAUCUGAAGAAGGAUGAGGAGCUGCAAGAAGUGUUUGACUUGCUGAACGGGCAUUAUGUUGAGGAUGAGGAGUCGACGUUCCGGUUCAACUACUCGAAGUCGUUCCUCAAGUGGGCACUUCAAGCACCGGGUUGGAGGGCAGAGUGGCACGUCGGUGUCCGGGCUUCGAAGUCAAGGAAGCUCGUCGCAUUCAUCUCGGGUGUCCCCAUCGCCUUACGAGUCCGCCAAAAGGUGCUCAAGGCCACCGAGAUCAACUUCCUCUGCAUACACAAGAAGCUGCGCUCCAAGCGCCUCACACCCGUUCUCAUCAAGGAAAUCACACGUCGCUGCUACCUGCUCGGCAUCUUCCAGGCCAUCUACACUGGCGGCGUGGUCCUGCCAACGCCCGUAAGCACGUGCAGGUACUUCCACAGGUCGCUGGACUGGAUGAAGCUGUAUGAGGUUGGUUUCAGCCCGCUGCCAGCGAAGAGCAAGCCGUCAUACCAGGUCUCAAGGUACCGUCUGCCGGAAAACACAAACACUAAAGGUCUACGCCCAAUGGAGGCUAGGGAUAUCGACGCCGUUCUGGACCUGUUGAAGCGCUACUUGGCGCGCUUCGAUAUGGCACCUGUCUUCACGCGAGAAGAGGUUGAGCACUGGCUCCUCCAGAAGAAAGCAGAUACCCCGACUAAAGACCAAGUAGUCUGGUCAUACGUUGUCGAAGACCCCCAAACCAAGAAGAUCACCGACUACUUCUCCUUCUACUCCCUCGAGUCCACCGUCAUCGACCACCCCCAACACGAAGUCGUCCGCGCAGCCUACCUCUUCUACUACGCGACGGAGACCGGGCUCACGACACCGUUCGAUAAGCCGGCCCUCAAGGUACGCCUGAACGCGCUGAUUAACGACUGCCUCAUCCUCGCCAAGCGAUACAAGUUCGACGUCUUCAACUCGCUGACUCUGAUGGACAACGUGCUGUUCCUCGAGGAACAGAAGUUCGGCAAGGGAGACGGACAGCUGCAUUAUUACCUGUAUAACUAUAACGCGAAUCCGAUUGCGGGUGGGGUGGAUCGGAGGAAUGAGGUGGAUGAGGCGGGGAUGAGCGGGAUUGGAGUUGCGAUGCUGUAA